AUGAUGAAGACACUGAUCACCACCCAUGCGCUGCCUCUGCUGCUCCUGCUGCUGCAGCUGCUGCAGCCACUGCAGUGUCUGCGGAUAGAUGACAUGUCGGGUGUACUAGAGGAUAUAAGAGAAGAAUAUGCAGAAUAUUUAGAGAUACUUUAUGGUACGAGACCUACCAGAUCACCUAGCAUAGAAAAAUUCAAAAGGCUUAACAUCGUUGAUCCUUUAGGAAGACCAUUCUAUGAUGACCACUACUGCACUGACGAAAUGAGGGCAAAUAUUAUUCACAGCAAGUUCCGUUGUCUGCAGGAACAUUACUUUCUCACUAUGCAGUAUGAAGAGUUGAAAAAUAUCUGUCUCAACGAAUUUGUGCCAUGUAAGAAUGGAAUUAAGAAAUGUAAAAUGAGCACGACUCUAGAAGGAGGACUGUACUGCAAGUUAAUAGAAGGGACCCAAAUGCCAGAGUGUACAUACGAGUCAUGUUAUAAGAGGGGAUAUGUCCUUAUCACUUGUCGGUGGCAUAAUGAAACCCAAGAAUUUAUUCCUGAGAGUGUAAAUGAUAUCGUGACACCACCAGAAUAGCCUCCUCAGCAAGGAAGGUGCUGUCCUCCCACCACAGUAACAGAAUAUUCUAUAAGAGGUUAGGGUGGGAGGAUAUCACCCUCUCCACACUGAAUCUUACAGGUCAAAAUUGAGCUGAUAAUUUUUGAUUCCAUUUAUUUUAAUCAUCGUUCUCCUUCCCUUCCUGCCCCAACACCACU